AUGGAGAUGGAGCAUCACUCCACGGAUCAAGAACACCGCCAGAUUCCAGAGCGCCGCGCCCAAGACCAAGGCUCCAACGGUUCUUCCUCUUCCGCAACAUGCAAUCCGAUCAGACGCGUUGCCGAGUACAUGACUGGUGGCCGAGCGGAAUCUUGCGGCCGGCUUCGAUCCCUGAUGCCAUCCUGCUUGCGGGGCAGCCCGUCAGGGCCUCCGCCGCCGACGAGGGUGCACCAAGUCUGGCCCGGGAUAAACGUGUUCUUCUUGGACGGCCGUGUGAUCUGCGGGCCUGACCCGCGAGGCCUUAUCCUGACAGCCAUGGCAAUCCUGCUCUCAGAAUGGAUCUUCCUAUCCUACGUCGUUGAUCCGUCGUCGGCACACCCGGCUCUCGUCUCCGCGUCUUCCCUCGUCCUGUUGGCAACUGUGACUGCAAGUUUCGCAAUGGCCGCAACAAGAGACCCCGGAAUCAUACCAAGAAACAAUCCGGCUGCACUCUCACCAUCAUCAGUAGAAGAUGGAACAGCAGGUUCUGCAAGAACGGCUCAUCCGAGUCGGUUCCUAGUCGUCAACGGCGUCGAGGUGCGGCUCAAGUUCUGCCGGACCUGCAAAAUCCACCGCCCUCCCAGAAGCUACCACUGCGCCGUCUGCGACAACUGCGUCGACAAGUUCGAUCAACACUGCCCCUGGAUAAGCCAGUGCGUAGGGCUGAGAAACUACAGGUUUUACUUGCUGCUGAUGUGCUCGGCGUUAGCAUUCUACGCAUUCAUAUUCACGUUCUCGGUGACAAGAAUCAGAGUCAAGCUGGACGCUGCCAAUGCUGAAGUCUUCGGUUAUUUGGUCACAGCUUUGCCUGAAACGUCUGCGCUUGCAGCACUCAGCUUCAUGGCUGUCUGUGUCCUGGCGUGCCUUCUGGCCUCCCAUGCCUUCCUCGUAGCCAAGAACAAAACUAGCCAUGAGAGGUACAAAGGGCGGUACCGUAGCUCGCCCAAUCCCUACGACAAGGGAGUUGUUGGAAACAUCAAAGAGUGCCUCUUUGACAAGCUCCCGCCUCCAAGAGUCGAUUUCAGAGCCGCCGCCGCUGCCGAGGCCGAGCUAAACUUUGGUUCAUCAGCUCAGCCCUCAGCCGGCGCCGACAACGACGACGGCGAGCUAAACUUUGGUUCCUCAAGGUGA